CCCACCCCGAAUCUUCCUAUCCCAUUGGCCAGUUUAAAACUGACGUCAUAGGAGCGGGCCAGUAAAAAAAGACGCUCUGCGCGCGCCAGGGGUAACAGUUGUGAUAGUGCAGUGGCAGUGAGUGCAGGCGCCAUGGCAGGAGGUAAAGCAGGCAAGGACUCCGGCAAGGCUAAAGCCAAGGCUGUCUCGCGCUCGGCCCGGGCGGGGCUUCAGUUCCCCGUGGGGCGUAUCCACCGGCACCUGAAGAACAGGACGACGAGCCACGGGCGUGUGGGCGCCACCGCUGCCGUCUACAGCGCCGCCAUCCUCGAGUACCUGACGGCCGAGGUCCUUGAAUUGGCUGGUAAUGCAUCAAAGGAUCUGAAAGUGAAGCGUAUCACUCCCCGCCAUCUACAGCUGGCUAUUCGUGGUGACGAAGAAUUGGAUUCACUCAUCAAGGCGACCAUUGCUGGUGGUGGUGUUAUUCCUCACAUCCACAAGUCUCUCAUUGGAAAGAAGGGCUCGCAGAAACCUGUAUAAAAGGGCCAGUUAAUAUAUAUUUUGUCAACGUACUCUGCCCAGGGACUGACUACCAUGGAUGUGCAGUUGUUUGAUGAUGCUUGUAUGUCUGUGGGUAAGGAGGUCCCUGAGAAAGGGGGAGGCCAUUAAGGUUUUUGUUAAUGAAGGUGGCCUGCCACCUUAAUCAUCCCCUCCCCCUCCUCCCCCAGUUACCUAACCCUGAAAGCCCGUGAGAGUUAUUCUACCUCUAGGAAGGUAUUUUGGACACUGCCUGAAAGAUGUGAAGCUAGGUUGCAAGGGAUCAAGUGGGGGUUGUUGCAUCGCUCAAGGAGCUAGCCAGAAAUGGUAGUUUAGAGCGUUGCAACUAAAAGUUUCAUGUUUUUUCCAACUAUUACUCUCAAUAAUAACUUUUAAAAUUUGUUCAACUGGAUGCUAGUUUUAUCAGAGGUUUUAUUUUGUUCAGUUUUGAUUAGGAACAUUGGGGGAAUGCUUUCCUCCUUCCUAUGAUUUAAAAAAGUGUCGUGUAUUACUUAAAAGUACAAUUUUCAAUGUUUUGAUAAUGUGUAGAGUAAGUAUCACUAUACAUAUUGUAAUUAGUGCAUUCUCUACAAUAUAAUGUAUAUUCAUUUUUUAA